AUGGCAGAUGAGGAAGCUGCCCCGGUUAGGACUCUUCAGGGCUAUUUGAAUUCGGAACGGGUCACUCAAUUGUCACCGAUAGUUUUUCCACGGCCCACCACUGUUGCAAACACAUUCGUGUUCAAAUCAGACUAUCAUCGUUGCAUUCCAUUCUUCCACGAUAUGGAGCGCGAGGAUCCAUACCAACAUAUCUGGGAAUUUGAGGAAGUUCUCCAAUCGUUCGUUAGCGGGGAGGUGCUUCUCAACCAAGCAAGAUUGAGGCUUUUCCCUUUCACUUUGAAGGAUAAGGCUAAAACAUGGUUUCACUCUUUGAAGCCUCAAUCUUUGAACACAUGGGGGGAAGGGCAAGAUGUUUUUCAUAAGAAAUUCUUCCCAGCGAGCCGAACAAAGCUCUUGAUGGAUCAAAUCCAGGGUUUCAAGCAAUGUGAGGGAGAAGCUUUCCACCAGUAUUGGGAGCGUUACAAGGAUUUGCUUUCUGCGGUUCCUCACCACAACUUUGCCUUGUAUCAACUGAUUCACUACUUCCAUAUGGGCUGCACGCAACAAAGCAAGCAACUGCUUGACACCAUGUGCUCCGGAGGAUUUAUGAAUAAGUCACCCGAUGAUGGUUGGGAUUACUUAGAUGAGUUAGCCAAUAAGUCUUUGACUUGGAAUUAUGAAGAUGCUGGUGAUAGAGCUAUGGCUAGCCAAGGUCCCGGUGGCUCCGGAAAGUUCUCCAUAAAUGAGCACAAUGCUAUCGAAACACGGAUGGAGCAACUAGCACAAAAGUUGGAGAAGUUGAAGUUGAAAAGGGUAAAGGAAGUUAAGGCAUUGCGAGCGGUAGAGGAGAUGUGUGCCAUAUGUGAAACAUCGGGCCAUUCCACCGUCAAUUGCUUGUCUAUUCCCACUCUCAGGCAUCACUAUAGCAACCUCAACCUUCCGAUCGAAGAAAUUGAAGGCGGACCAUCUCAAGCACCUCUCGGUUCUCAAAUGCAACCAUGGCGGCCUGCUCAAGGCCAAGGGCAGCCUCGUUUUUCCCAAGGACCACCCGAUUUUGCACCCUCUGGACCAUUUCAGGCACCCAAUCAGUUUCAACCUCCGCCGAGGCGAUCAUUGGAGGAUACUCUUCAAUCCUUCAUGCAAGCUCAAUCAAAUUACAAUGAGAAUAACACCCAAAUGAUGGGGGAAUUGAAGAACAUGGGAAAGAUAACCACAUCUAUAGGGCUUCUCCAGCAAGAAAGGGGCAAGUUUCCUACUCAGCCACAAGCCAACCCACAAAGCCACCUCCUCAUUGGUAGUUCUUCCAUACCACUGCCCGAGCAAGCUCAAGCAAUUAUCACUCUAAGGAGUGGCAAGGCGGUUGACAAUCUCGUUGUCAAUCCGUCGGCUACACCUAUCUUAGAACCAGCUUCGACAUCAACAAGUUCUACAACUCUUGGGGAAUCUCCCAAGUCAUCUCCGGAAGAAGACGGGGAAUCUCCCGUGCACGGUUCAAAGGAAGCUGAGACCACUCCAAGUCCACAGGAUUCUCCCGUUCCGGCACCCUAUCCUUCCCGAUUGAAAAAGCCGAUUUCUCCAUCCAAAGAUGCCGAUAUACUUGACGUGUUCAAAAAGGUCAAUGUGAACAUCCCUUUAAUGGAUGCCAUUAAGCAAAUUCCUUCCUACGCUAAGUUCUUGAAGGAUUUGUGCACCCAAAAAUGCAAGCUUAAUAUGCACAAGAAGGUGUUUCUUACCGAGCAAGUUAGCCAAAUUUUCCAAACGAAUCUUGCACCUAAAUACAAAGACCCCGGAUGUCCUACAAUUGCAAUUACUAUUGGGGGUAAGAGAGUAGAGCAAGCUCUUUGGAAUUUGGGUGCGAGUGUCAAUUUGCUACCUUAUUCGGUGUAUUAA